AUCAGAACUGAAAGAGUUCAUUUGUAGCUUGAGUAUAGAAUAUUCAGUUUCUUAUAUUUUACUUACAAAAAUGAGUACAGUAUUUUUAAUUAUUAUUUUUACAAUUCUUUCCGCAAUAAUUUAUGUUGGCCUUGUGCUUCAUAAAAAGAAAAUAAACAUUAAGGAUAUACGUGUACAUACAGUUAAUGAUGCCAAAAGAUUGCUAACACCUCCAACUAAGGAUAACACGCUUAAAUAUUUGGAAAAGGCAGCCUAAUCUACAUUGUAACUUAUAAUUAAAUAAAUUGUUUAGUUUCUGAAAAAUCAUUGAGUAGUGAACUCUUGGGUCUUUAACUCAUGCUAUAUGUAAAUAAAUAUGAAU